AAUUGAACAUGGCGUCGGUGCCUAGAGAUGCAGACAACGCAACAGAAUUUCAGCACUGUUACCAAAAAUUAAUGGUUUUUGUUUUCAAAGAAGAUGAAAGAACUAGAAGCAAUCUCAAUGUUCUUAUUGAUGAGCUUAUAGCUCUUGACUAUAGCUCUUUAAGAAUGAUAAAUGAGUCAGGAAAUCGUCUUCUUCGGAAACUAUGUUCAAUGAUUCCCAUGAAGCAAGAAAGAUUAGUGACAAAGGUUUGCCAGGUGAUCUACAAUUUCAUCAAAUACAAAGUUGUAACCCUUUCAGGAGCUGAAACGGCACUUGAGAUUGCAGAAUUUGUAAUGAAAGCCCUUAGAUUUUGCCCAGAUUGGGCCACCAUUGAAAUUCUUCCAACUCUGGUAGUCUAAUAGGAUUAUGGACAAUUAUUCUUUCAGUAUCAAGAUCUUCUGAUUGGAAAACCUGGCAUAUUAAUCAAAAUUUUGGAAUCACCAUCCUCCGAUAUUGGUGCCACGGGAUAUGCUGUUCAUUGCCUCCGAUGCUUGGCUGUCAGAGCUGCGGAAAAAGAAGGUUUGAGCAAGGCAUUGGCCAUGACAUGUUUCACCCAUUUAUUAAGUCUGCUGCACUGGAUGCCCACAAUGAGCAUGUAUCAGAACACUCAGUGCAAGAUUGUAGUAGAUGCCUUGUUAGCAUUGCACAGCUUGAUGAUUGGAACCAAGCUGGAUCUGGAGCCUCAUCUAGGCACCUUGCUGGCAGCUGUGAAGGCCUACAUGUUCCAUGGUAUGGGCCAUCCAAUCACAAUCCCUCCACAACUUUUUCCUGCUGUUACCACAGCAUUUGAUCACAAGUAUGCCAAAGAAUCUUCAGCUUUAACUGCAGAACGUAUAAAAACAAUGGUGCCUGCUUCACCGGCUACAUCUAAAGCACGAUGCAAGAAAACACGCAAGAGGAUAAAUGGUGAAACUGAAGAGGCUGUAGCUAGAGACGCAGCAGACAGAGACACCCUCACCUCACAGAACACAGCUGCUGCAGACUUGUCAUCAGGCAUUGAAUCUAUAUUGCUUCAGCCAUCAUGGGUGAAACUGACAAGCUCAGAUUCUGAAUUUUCAGACACAGAAACAGGGCAAGCAGCAAAACUGCAUGCUUUCUCCACCAAAGUACGAAUAGCAGCCUACAGCUGUCUGACUGCAAUUUGCAAGGUCACAGACAAGAGAUCCAUGUUUGGGUACUGGUCUUCUUUUAUUCCUGAUUCAGCAGCUGCUGGCAACAGUCCACAAGUGCAGACAAUUUUUACUUCCAUUUUGAAAGAUCCGUCACCAAAAUGUCGUAUGGGAGCCCUGGUUGCACUGACAGCCAUGCUGGAUGGCACAAAACAGUUUCUGGCUGCUGCAGAAGAGAGCUCGAAUGUGCGGACAUCAUUCACACCUCUGUCAAGCGUGCUGGGUGCCAUGAUACGAGAGCUGCACCGGGCUUUGCUGCAAGCACUCAUUGCUGAGAACUAUAACCUCACCCUCACUCAGCUGAUCAAGUGUCUGGCUACCCUUGUGGUUAAUGUACCCUAUCAUCGCCUUCAGCCAGGCCUUCUUUCCAGAGUUGUGAAGCAGAUUCGGCAUUUUCUUGCUCACAAAGACUCAAAUGUGCGUGUGGCAUGUUUAACAUGCCUGGGAGCACUGGUCAGUCAUCAGCCUCCUCUCAUGGAGGUCUAUCACAUCAUCAAUUCCCCCACACCUCCCAUUGGCAUCACACGAUAUUCUUCAGCCACUUUAGAGUCAAAAGGCAUGUCAGCAACAGCUGCUGCGACAUCCAGUCUGAUGUUGCUACCUGGUCCAGAUUGUGGCAUGUCACCAAGUGCAUGUUCAAGUGAUUCUGGAAUUGACUCUCAGAGUACAGCAUCACCAUCUGGUUCUGCAGGGGACAGUAAUGGAAGUACAAGUGAUGGCAUGAGCACAAGGUUUGUGAAUCCAGUAGGACUGGACAGCAUGGGAUCAUCAGGACCAGACACUCCUUUGUUGGCAGCUUCUCCUGGGACUCAUACACCCGUCUUUUCUGAUCAGCUUCUUCAAGCUCAGGCACAUGAAACAUCAUGGCUUAUGAAGCACUGCAUUAGGAAUGUCAUGCCACGGUGUGGUGGUGUUGGUAAUGGUGAUGUUUACACUGAUGUUGAGGAUGGUGCAGGAGUGUUUGAGCCACUACCUGUGCGACUGGAGUCCUUACAAGUCCUGGCUUCUCUCACCAAAUGCUACUUUCCUGUAGUAAGAAGGAGCAUGGGUCUCAUGCAGGACGUGAUUCAAAAAUGCCUGGAGGAUCAGGACCCUGCAGUGAAGCUUCAUGGCUGCAAGGUGCUGGAUGAAUUGGUGCAAGCAGUGCUGAGGGAUGUGCAGGAAAUGCAGGCAGGAGCUGAACAGUCACAAACACUUACUUUGUCACAGGCACUGAAAUUGUGGCAGAUGCUUCUGUCUGGUCCUUUGGUGGAAGUAUUACAGAAGCCAGGACAUAGUCCCCUUCGUGCCAGUGCCUGCGACUGCAUCUCUAAUGUGGGUCAGGACAUCUUCUCAAGACUUCCUGCAGAUACACAACAGGAAUGCCUGCGACUGGUGCUUCAUCUGACUGUGUGUGAGGAUCGCCUAGUUGUGGCUGCUGCUGUGAGAGUGCUUGGUGUCUAUGUUCUUUACCCUUGUCUCUCUCAGGAUGUCUCCUUUAUGUCUGAUGCUGCAAAUGCAAUUCUGAAGUGCAUGAGCAUCCCAAGUGUGAAUGUCAAAAUCAAAGCUGCUUGGGCACUAGGCAACCUGUGUGAUGCCCUUGUGGUAAACAGGGACAAGGAGGAUAGUUCCUUUCUGGACCAGUUUUCUGACAUGCUCCUGUGGUGCAUGUUGAACACUGCUACAGCUGCUGUGCAGGACAGCGAUAAAGUCAAAUGUAAUGCUGUGCGAGCGGUUGGAAACAUCAUGCGAUAUCUGCCACCAAGAAUUCUAAGAAAAAGUCAUAUUGUGGAGGCUGUGGCACAUAGUGUGAAGAUCAUCCUAAAGACAAUUACUUCUGGGCCCAUGAAGGUCCGCUGGAAUAGUUGUUAUGCUAUAGCCAAUGUCUUUCGCAAUCAGCUACUGCUAUGUGGAGGUGCACCUUGGAUGGCGGAGGUUCUGACUGAACUGUGCACUGUGGUACAGGACUGCAAAAAUUUCAAAGUCCGCAUCAAUGCAGCUAUUGCUUUUUCCAUCCCCUCUGAUCGCAAGCAUUUUGGAGAUUCUUGCCUUUAUGUCAGAGUGUGGGACAGUUUAGUAGGUGCUUUGAAAACAGCUGACGAUGUAACAGACUUUGGAGAGUUUCGAUACAGGGACAGCCUGACAGAGCAGGUCUGCACUGCUGGCUUGCAUUUAAUAUCCCUGGCUGAGAAGGAAGACAUAUUGGCCCUUUUACCUGGUCUCCAGACAAAUGGUUUUAUUUUUCAGAGUCACAUUGAGAAAUUUUCAGCAAUGAAGUCAGCUGGAAAAGUGUUGAAGGCAGUGCAACAUAGGCUGAAGGCAUUAGCUGCAGGAGAAAAUGUCACGGCUGAUCUCCUGCUUGGUUUGAAACUUCUUCAUGAAAUAUGUCUACUUCAAAAUGAAUUUGACGACAUGGCUCUGCCUGCAGCACACAAGUCUGCCUUUCAACAGAUAUACGACUAACAAGAUCGCAUUUUGCACACUCAUGGAUGCUGUGCCUGGAAAAAACAUGCAUUCUAUUCUUCUCCGUCCAAACAUGCAGCAUCUGGAUAGGUGUUGCUGCAGUCUUUCUUCUGUGAUAUGAGUGCUUUUAUAAUUUAAUGUCAGAAAUGAGAUUACAGGCAACUACAGGACUCCAUUGUGUGAAAAUACUAAAAACAAGUGAUCCUGAACAGAUCUGAGGUGAGUGUUCACUCAUGAGGACUUGAGAGAACAUAAAUGAAGACUAAAUUUUGUUUGCUUCCUUUCAAGCUUUUUAUCCUUAAACACUUAGCAACAUGCAUCAUUCGUGCUGCCAUUAUCUUUCUGUUUCUGUCAGGGCUAUUGACGUGCCUAAUUAGAACUAUUAAAGUUUUCUGUAAAUUUCUA